AUGGUAUUCACCAACCUCGGCGUGCACGAGAAGGAUGCGUUCUUCUCGCUUCUGGACGAAUACUUUGCGUCGCGCCCUGAGAUCUUCGCCAAACUCUCCAAUUCAAAUAACGGUAGCGAUGCAGCGACAUCCGAAGCUACCUCCAAGAUGGUGACUGCAGGGCUGCGCCAUGUCCCCAAAUCCAGCCCAUAUCACGCCGCUGCAUCCAAUCCACACGUUAGCUCUGCUAUAGGCAAAGUGGCGGCGGCAUCGUUGGCGUUCAACAGAUCGGACACCCAGGACGCUCACUCGGCUCCUCCGCCAGCACCUCCACGGAGGAGCCCCGAUCCCAGUGCUGCUGCAUCCGAGCACAAACCUCCUUUGCCCACUGCACGUCGAUUCGGAGAUGUGGAUACAUCAUCAGCGAAGAACAUGUUUACAUCGCUCCGUAACUCGACGGCUAACAAGUCGUACCAGCCUCCGCCGCCGCCAGCGCCCAGCGCGUUCGGAGCGAAGAAGAAUACCUUUGCGCCACCGCCAGUACGGAGGGUAUCCGACAACGCAGCGGAGGUGAGGAAUUCGGCCCCACCCCCACCCCCGCCUGCCCCGCGGCCACCUCCAGUUCGCCAACAAGAUUCGGGAGAGUGGGCCGAAGUAAUUUACGACUACACGGGCAAUGACGCCGAUGACCUCAGUCUCGAAGCCAAUCAGCGCAUAAAGAUAGUAGAGCAUACCUCAGAGGAUUGGUGGACCGGCGAAAUUAAUGGCAAACGUGGACUGUUCCCAGCAUCCUACGUUAAAGUAGUAUAG